AUGGGCUUCGACUCGGUCACCCCCUUCCCUGACCCCCAGGAUGAUAACAACCUGCAGAAAUACAUUCAGGACCGUCGUGUCAUCGGCCCAUCGCUCAUGCUCUGCCAGUACGACCCCCUCGUCCAACCGGCCCUCCUUCGCCAUGAGAUCAAAUCCUCCCCCAAGGCACAAACCACCAUCGCGUCCGCUCGCUUCAACGCGGCUAGGGUUCUCGCUGGUCAUGACGAUCGCGUCCUUGUCAUCGUAGGGCCUUGCUCCAUCCAUUCGACAGAGCAGGCCAUGGAGUACGCCCGACUUCUCAAGGAGAAGAUGUCGACGUGGCCUAACCUCCUUAUUGUCAUGCGUGCCUACUUUGAGAAACCGCGCACGACCGUCGGCUGGAAAGGCCUCAUCAAUGAUCCCGACAUCGACGGCUCUUUCCAGAUCAACAAGGGCCUGCGUCUCGCCCGCCAGCUCCUCUGCGACCUCACCGACCUCGGCGUCCCAGUCGGCUCCGAGCUGCUUGACACCAUCUCGCCGCAGUACAUUGCCGAUCUCAUGUCCUGGGGCGCCAUCGGCGCGCGCACCACCGAGUCUCAGCUCCACCGCGAACUCGCCUCGGGUGUCUCCUUCCCCAUCGGGUUCAAAAAUGGGACCGACGGCAGCGUCUCCGUCGCCGUCGAUGCCAUGCGCUCAUCCUCAAAUCCGCACGCCUUCAUGGGUGUAACGGAGCAGGGCAUCGCCGCGAUCGUCAAGACUCGCGGAAACCAGAACGUCCAUGUCAUCCUCCGCGGUGGUUCCAAGGGUCCAAACUAUUCUGAGGAGCACGUAAAGGCUGCUGCAUCUGCCAUCGAGAAGGCUCGCCCCCAGAACCACCCCUCCAUCAUGAUCGAUUGCAGUCACGGCAACUCACAGAAGAAUCACAACAACCAGCCCAAGGUCGUCGACGAUAUCUGCACCCAGCUCCGCGCCGGCAACCGCAACAUCACCGGCGUGAUGAUUGAGUCGCACAUCAAUGCCGGGAGGCAGGACGUCCCCGCCGAGGGCCCCUCUGCCCUCAAGCACGGCAUCUCCAUCACCGAUGCGUGCGUCGAUUGGGAGACCACUGUAGGCAUGCUAGACCGUCUCAAUGAGGCUGUUCAUGAGCGCAAGGCUAUGCUUAUCGAUGCAGGCGUCAGGAAGUCGCAGGGCUUCCGCCACGGCUUGCAGGGGAUGACCGCGGCUGCCUGA